AAACCCUGGCAAGAAACGUCCGCCCUAGUAUGAAUUACGAAAGGGCGCUACAUACAUGUAAUGCGACAGUUCCUGUGGCAGACUGUGGUAAAAAAAUUUGCGGUAGUAAUCCUAAACAAGAAAUGAAGCUUGCUGAGUAUUUAGCUUACUUGAAAACACCAGACAGAACUCAAUCUCUUUAUUUGAAAGACUGGCACUUCUGUAAACAUUUUCCAGAUUACGAAGCAUACCAGACCCCUAAGUACUUUAAGUCUGAUUGGUUGAAUGAAUAUUGGGAUCAAUGCAAUGAUGCCUCUGAUGAUUACAGAUUCGUAUACAUUGGACCAAAAGGAUCUUGGACGCCAUUCCAUGCUGAUGUUCUCAGGUCAUACAGCUGGUCUGCUAAUAUCUGUGGCCGUAAAAUAUGGUAUAUCUACCCACCAGGCCAGGAAGAUUAUCUUUAUGACAAACUAGGGAAUCUUGCUUAUGAUAUAACAGCAAAUGAAAUAAAAGAUAUUGAAAAAUACCCAAAAAUUCAAGGAAUUCAAGAGCCAAUCAUUGUUGAGCAGACUGAAGGAGAAGUGAUAUUCAUACCCAGUGGUUGGCAUCAUCAAGUUCAUAAUAUGGAAGAUACAAUUUCCAUCAACCAUAACUGGACUAAUGCCUGUGGAUUAUUAAAGACAUGGAGUCAUUUACAGAAUGAACUGAUGAGGGUACAAAAGAGUAUAGAAGACUGUCAGGACAUGGAUGAUUGGCAUCAACACUGCCAGCUCAUGUUAAAAUCAAUGGCUGGAAUGGAUUACAGUGACUUCAUAAACUACUUAGUCACAAUAGCUAAGCCAAGACUGGACUUCAUUCAACAACAACAACAUACUACAGAAAAAGAUAUAAACUAUGUAACAGCUUUUGAAGAAUGGAAAGAAAGCAUCAAGCAGUUAGAAACAUCAAAGGAAGAAUAUUCUGUUGAAGAUUAUUGUAGAUAUGAUAUAUCUGCGAUUCACAAAUGUGUAGAUUUGAUUCAAAACGAUGAAACAUUCAAGAAUCUAGAUGACUCAUGUAUGAAAACAAAAAUUGACAAACUUUUAGAUCAAAUAUUUGAUAUUUUAGGUGAGGAUAAAGAAAGGUGGAGUAAAUUGGCUACAACAGAUCUGCAAGACACCAGAAGUAUUUAUCCUACAGGAAACCCAGUUCAGAUGGAUUAAAGGUGAACCAUUUUUGGCAUAAGUCACAUUGAAUUACGACUGCAUUGAAUCACUUUGAAAUUGUAUGCAAAGAAAUUAAUGGAGGUAUGAACUCGCCAACCUCGUAGCAUGACUGUUUCUACCAGACUAGGGGACCAUAUAACGAGAAUAAGACAUUAAGAAAAAAACAAAGAUGUGCAAAAAAUUUUCAUCUUUUUUACUGAGUAUUUUUGCUGUGUUUUUUUCAUUUUCUUAUUUUAUAGAAAACUUUAUCUCGGCCUUUAAAUAUUAAAUUCAAUAAAGGGAGGUGAAAGACAGCUCAUUAUCAGCACAUCCCAUCCUUUUCUCGAUACCUUAAAACUUUCAAUUCAAAAUGCCUCUCAAAAAAUGAAAUUGAUAUCAUCAAAUGCAUUCCUCUGUCAGUAAAAGAUAUGUAAAAAUAUAACUUUGAAAUCUAGGAACCUUCUACAGUAUAGCUGCAACUGGUAUACUAUACUUCUGGGGUCUCAGGUUUGAUCUCUGGACCUGUCAGCACGUGUGAGUAGAGUUUUUUAGGUCUUUCACUUGAUUCAAGGGUUUUCUCCAGAUUCUCUGGUUUUUCUGCCCUCUGCAAAACCUAGAAAAUCCAAUUUGAUCUGUGAGUUAUACAUAUGUGCCAGAAGAUCAGCCCAGAGGUUGUUUCAGGGUUUGAUCUUUGAGCUAGACGUGCCCCAACUCUGAUCAGCCCAGAGGUUGUUACAAGUUUGAUAAUAAAUUUAAAGUCUAGCUUUUUCUUCCUUCUGCAUUUGCAUAAUUUUCAUUUUUAAAGGUUUUUAAAAAAAUUGGGAGAUUUAGGUUUAAAAUCACUGCAGUUUAAAGACUUAUCUAUGGAAUUUGUAUUUUUAAUAUCUUCACAUACCAUAAUGAAGUUAAUAAAGGAAUAACUUACUUUAAUAUAUGUAAUAUUCUUUAUUAUCUGAUUAAAUGUCGGA